AUCGCUCCUGGAAAAUUAACGAAUUUAGUGAUUUUUACUUACAGUUUAGUGUUUUAAUCAUGGGAAAACGUAAAAGAAAAGAUGAUUUGGAAAGACAGUUACGAAAGCUAAGAAGGAAAAUUGAUAAAUUAGAGGACAAAACUUCGAAAGGAUCCUCAAGAAAACAGUCACGGUCAAGAAGUCGGUCUACAAGUGUAGGCCCCCCAAGUACAUGUAUAUCUCCAACAAGUGUACGAAGCCGGUCUCAAAGUUUUGUUUGUCACUUCAAAUAUUUUCAGUCACGAAAAGAUAUAGGUCUUAUGGAGUGGGAGCUUGGCAGUAGUUAUUUUAUGACAAUUGUUAAUAAUUUUGGUAGUCCGGACAUAGACCUGUUUGCCUCACGAACAAACGCAAAAUGUGAGAAAAAUGACCUGGUUCAAGAUGACCAUCCAACUGUCAUGGAUGCUGAAGAUGCACCAACAAUUUCUCCAGACAAAUCUAUGCCUGCAGAUGAAUGUGGUGAAUCGAAUGAGAUUGAUGUGGAGAUUUUGGGGGCUAUGGGGACCGUGGAAGAGGAAUUAGCUGUUGGGCCUACCAUCCAUACUGAGAUAGCUCAGAGGUGGACACCUGUCCUCACUAAAGGACUAAAGAAAGAAGACAAAGCAUCGCUUCUUAAGAAUUAUGUCGCUUUUAGCAAUGUGCCAGCUAUGGUACCACCAAAACUUAACCCAGAGUUGCUACAUGCCCUAACAGACCCAGUGAAGAAAAGGGAUGUUAUUAUUGAAUUGCGCCAAAAGAAUAUUUCUGCAGCAUUAGCAGCUAUUGGGUUAGGAUUACACUGUUUUUUAACAAAAGGAGACAAGGUGGAAGGUAUUAAGAAUAUAAAUGAUGCUGCAAGGAUAUUAUGUGAUGUCAUUUAUACUGAAACAAUAGGCAGAAGAGGGUUGAUCCAGGGUGUGGUGAACAAACAAAUGAAAGACUCACUACAGGCGAGCCCAGAUGAAUUGCUUUUUGGCAAUGGUCUGACAGAAAGAAUAAAGACUACAAAGGCUGUACAGAAAUCUGCUCAGGACUUGACAAGAACGAACCAAUCACCUCGACCAUGCAUGAAAAACCAGAAGGCUUUAAACUCGCGGGCCCCUCCUCAACACAAACCCAGAAACAAGGAGAACCAAUUUCAUGUAAGAGGGGGGAAGAAGAUGACCCAGACUCCACAAGUAAAGAAGCCAGGACCACUUCAGAGGCGCUACCCCACUUACAACAAUCACCCAGGACGCAAAUAAAUUACCAGGUGGGCUGAUUACCCUUUUUUCAAGAUAUAUGACAAUCUAUCACAGAUGAUCCAAUUAUCUUAACUUGGGUAUCGGGAUACUCACUUGAUUUUUUCAGAAAUCCAGUCCAAAAUAUAAUCCCUCUUAACAAUAGUUUUACUCAGGCUGAAAUGAUUCUAAUCAGAAAGGAAGUUAAGGACUUACUUAGCAUUCAGGCUAUUGAAGUCUGCAAUCAAACAGAAAUUCAAUUUUGUUCACCAAUUUUCUUAGUAAAGAAACCAAAUGGACAAUAUCGCUUCAUUCUUAACCUUAAAAGAUUAUUUAAAGGAUUCUUUAGAUUAAGACCAUGUGCUCCUAAAUAUGAUUAUACAUGGAAUGUAUCAGAAGUGUUAAAUUAUAUAGAAAAUGUAUAUGCAUCAUGUCAUAACUUAGAAAUGUGUUCAAAAAAGACUGUUACUCUUUUAGUUUUUAGCAACGGGUCAUAGGGCCCAGACCAUUUGUACCAUUGAUAGAGACUUAAUUAAGAUAGAGUCUAAUGCUGUUUAUAUUCAAGUAACCAAAUUAGUUAAGACCUCAGCACCAAAUAGGUUACAACCUUUCAUAAGAUUACCUUUCUUUUGUGACAGGCCAUUUGUUUGCCCUGCUUGUGCUGUAAUUGAUUAUUUGAAUAUGACUAAAAAUAUUAGAAAAGAUAGUAAGAAUCUUUUUGUGUCUUAUAGAAAACCUUAUAAUCCUGUGACUGUCAGUACAAUCAGCCGUUGGACUAAGACCGUGCUAAAAGAAAGUGGUAUAGAUAUGAAUACCUUCUCUGCUCACAGCACGCGACACGCGUCAACAUCGACAGCUCUAAAGAGAGGCGUUUCCAUUGACGAGAUCAGGAGAACGGCUGGUUGGACAGAUAGUUCUACUUGUUUUGCUAGGUUCUAUAACCGUCCUAUAAGGAAUGUAAGUUUUGCAGAAGCUGUAUUUUCUUAAUUUAUAAUUUUUACGUUUAAGUAAUUGUUAUUAGUUAGUAUUGAUUAACCUAACUAAUAAAUCAUCUGAUUUUA